AUGUCGUCCUUUCUUACACCACCAAAGUCGGGCCCUACUGGUCGCCCGACUGUCAAACCACGAUUCGCAAAGCCCAAUCCUGUCCGCGCCAUGCGAGAACGAGAAGAACGCCGCGCUGCCAAUGCUUCCGUUAACUCAAACAACCUCCGCGUCGCUGCUGUAAAUCGAAACGCUUCACUCGCAAAACCGAACCGUCCGCAAUGUCCAAAUAAAGCGUGUCCGAAACCCAACGUCGUUGAUGGCACAUGUCAGACCUGUGGUCGUAUCUCCGACGACAGCAACAUCGUGGCAGAGGUUACCUUCGGAGAAUCUUCCUCGGGAGCUGCUGUUGUACAUGGUUCUUACAUCGGUGCCGAUCAAGCGGGUGUUCGCAGCAUGGGACCUGCAUUUCGAAGAGUUGGUGGAUCGGAAGAUCGAGAAAAGAGCAUCAGGGAAGCCAAGGGCUUGAUGCAGGGUUAUGCGCAGCAGCUCAAUGUCAGUGACAGUCUGGUCACUGCCGGAACUCAAGUCUUUAAACUGGCUUCCAGCGCCAACUUCAUCCAGGGUCGCACACUGGCCAGCGUCGCAGCUGUCUGCUUAUAUGCCGCGUGCCGAGCAGAGCCGCCUUGCAAGGUUAUGCUUAUCGAUUUGGCGGACUUGGUUCAGCUUAAUGUCUUCAAGCUGGGCCGUAUCUUCAAGAAGCUUAAUGAGGUGGUGCCAAUCGGCAACGAUGGCCUUAUUCCUGUCUACCCCGAGGAUCUUAUCUGGCGAUUUGCGACAAAAAUGGAGUUUCACCAGGACACUGCUAAGGUCGCAGAGGAUGCCGUUCGUCUGGUCAAGCGAAUGAGUCGAGAUUGGAUGGUCAUGGGUCGUCGACCUUCCGGUAUCUGCGGAGCUUGUCUACUAAUGGCGGCACGAAUGCACAACUUUCGACGAACAGUACGCGAAGUGGUUUACAUCGUCAAAGUCACCAACCACACUAUCCAGAACCGUCUACAAGAGUUCAAGGUGACCGAGUCGAGUCGAAUGUCUGUGGAGGAUUUCUUGAAGCAGGACUUUCUGGAAAGCUCCCACGACCCGCCUUCAUUUUACAAGCAAACAGCCGAAUACAAGAAACAGUUGGCCGCCAAGAACAAGAAGCGAAAGCGGCCCUCAGCAGACGGCGAGGAUGGCGAGGCGGAGGAGGAUGAUAACCUGGAGGACAGGAUUGAUCCGCGAUUAAUAGAAGGAGGCGCUGAUCUAUCUAAAGCCCCAGUUGUUGAAUAUCGUCGCGAUGAUGAUGGCUUCAUUGUGCCACCUCUACCAUCCAAAAUCGCCAAGGACCCAUCCCUUGUCAGUAAAUACAACGAAAGCGCAGAGGACGAAGAGUUCGAAGAGGGGGACCCUAAACAUGCCCAGACUCUGGAGAAUUUGGUGCAAGAGUUUGGAGACGUGAUGGAUGAGGAGAAUGCCGAGGACGGAGCUCAAGAGACCACCACAAGAAAGGGUGACAAGCCACAAUUACCCAUUAAUGAAGAGUGGGAACAGGAUGAACAAGAGCUCGAAGGCGUCAUUGAAGAGAUCUUCAAUGAUCCCUUGACAUACGAACACGCUAUGGCCUACACAACGGCUGAGCAGCGAGCACAAAUCCACACUGUCUGGGCACUACAACAACGCCCGCAGAAAGAAGUUUCCAUGUCGGCCGAUGUCACAGAGGAUGAAUUUGCCGACGAUCCCGAGGUUAAGAACUGUCUUCUAUCGCCGGAGGAGGCCCAGAUCAAGGAAAUGAUUUGGGUGAACCAGAACAAAGAGUGGUUACGAAAACACCAAGAGAAAGUGUUCCGGAAAAAGGUUGAAGCCGAACGACCAAAACAAACCCGGAAACGACGUAAGCGAGCCAGAAUGGGCGAAGGUCAAACCAGCCCAGCCAGUUCGGCUGCUGAGGCUGCUGUCAACGUCGCCAAAGACCGUGCCUGGUCGAAGAGGAUCAACUACGAUGCCAUUCGAAACAUCUUCGACAUGCCUAAUAUCGGAGGUCCAGGAUCAGAAGCAACAAGUCGCAAGACCAGCGCGGCGGGAAGCACACGGGGUGGAGAAGACACAGGCGACGCACCUGAUGAGAGUGUUGUUGGGGACGAAGCGGGAGCGCCACAGGAGGAAGAAGAGUACGAAGAAGAAGAAUAUGAGGAGACACAGAACUACGGAGAUGGAGAAGGAGAGGAAUUUGGUGGAGGAAACGAUGAAUUCGGCGGCGGAUACGACGAGGAUGAUCCAGAUAUGGAUGCAGAGUAUGGACUGGAGGAGUAUGCAUGA